AUGGUGCCCGGUGAACGAAUUCCCCGACCAAUCUACAAGAAUGCCACGCCGGAUGACCAGGCUGCGAGGUCACGUCUAAAGACCGAAGCGAGCCUGGCAGAGGGGAUCGUGGGGACUAACAGCGCGGCGUCGCCACAGGCUCACGCAGAGCCUUUAUGGCAUUUGCAGCAUGACCAGCUGUUCGACUUUGGCGACGUUGAUUUCAAUGACGACUUCUUCCUGGGCGAUGACAAUAUGCAUCUGGAUGUGCCUUCCGACCUGGGUUCCCCGGCCAAUAGUCCAUCGGAGCCUUUCCUGGAAAGCGUCGAUUCUCAUGUACCUUCCUCGGUGGAAACAACGCAUAUCUACUUACGAAAUGAAAAAGCGCCAGCCUUUCCCGACUCGAUUAUAUCACCUCGUUAUACGCCACAAGACUUUCAGGAGCUGGCCAAUCACGCCGGUAGCGUACGACAGUCUUCUGAGCAGAUGCAGGGUGCAACUGCUGGUACCUCUGGUCAAGCUAGCUGGCAAGAUCACAACCCUGAGAACGAUCAUGUCCUGCGCGACCAGCGUUCGUCGUUUUCAGACACUCCUCAAAUGGUCAAGCAACUCUUCGACAAGCACAUUUGUAAUGUUCUGUCUAUCAAGGACGAUCAAACUACGAAUCCAUGGGUAGUUCAUGUGUGGCCGAUGAUUGCCUCGUUUCCAGCACUUUAUCAUGCUCUUGCAGCGAUGACAUAUUUAUACCUGAGCAAUUCACACCUGGAGUUCAAAGCAGCUGGCUCAAGGCACCUUCAUUCCAGCCUGCAGGCCUUCACGCAAGCUCAAUCCGACGAGAGUCUUGAAGCAUCUCUAGCCGCUAGAUUGGCACUUGGCUUCGCAGAAUCAUGGAACGACCAAACAGCCUCUUCUGGUAUCGAACAUAUCAAAAUUGCCGGAAGACUUCUUCGAGACGCUUUCGACAAAGACAGGAUUACGAGACUAACAGGUGACGAACUAGAUCGCCUGAGUUUUCUAGCACGCACUUGGGUGUAUAAAAGUGUUUUGAUUCGAUUGACGACCUCGGACGAUGGCGAGUCCGUUGACCUUGAAUCAAUGGUAGCCUAUAUUCAGCUUGAUCGUUUGCCAGUCGAACAGCAGAUCGAUCCACUGCUUGGUUGUGCAAUCACGCUGUUUCCGUUGAUUGCGCGUCUGACCGAUAUCAUCAGAUCUGUUCGACGAAGGACUGAAAAAUACAACUCCCCGUCCAUCAUCUCUAGAGGCGCGGACCUGUGGAAAGAAAUCCAGGGCUGGAGUCCAUCUUUUGACCCAGAGCAGCCAGGAAACGUUCCAUCUCACAUAGCUGAUAUUAUACAGACAGCCGAGGCAUAUCGCUGGGCAGCGUUGUUGCUACUUCGGCAUGCCGUUCCAGAGCUUCCGUGGGCUCAUUCACUUUGGGACCUUUCAGAGAAAGCUUUAAUCUACCUUGCAACCACACCUGUCACAUCUCGAGCAUUGGUCGUACAGACAUUUCCCCUUAUGGCAAUUGGUGGGGAGGCCUUUGAUGAGGAAGAUCGCAACUGGAUAUGUCAGAGGUGGAAUGCCAUGGCCAAGCGCAUGCCUCUUUCGAGACUACACAAGUGCAAGAAAGUCACAAAGGAGGUCUGGCGGAGAAAGGAUGCAUUUGAAGCACAACUUGGAGCGUGCCCUAGCUGCGGUGCUCACGGCCCGAGAUCGACAGGAAUAAGUCCUAGCAUGGAUACCUUGCCGGACGCGGACGUAUCUGUUGCAUCCUCUCAGGAGCGCGAGGAGGGCAGCCGUCGGUGUCGGUGCAGCGCGGUAAGACGCAGCACUGUGCCGGCGUCCAUUGAUUUUCCAGACUCGUUGGCUUUCAAGAAGGGAAUCGACAACAUCACGAGAGCCGGCAAUAUGCAUUACAUGAUGAGAGGGGAAUUGCACUGGUUAACAGUUAUGGAAGACUGGAACUGGCAAGGUGAGCCACAUUCCACACUUAUCAGGAGCGAUGGAAUGACUGACCAUCUACAGUGCCGCUUGGAUGAAGGAGAUGUUUGA